GCUAUGUGUGAACCAGGGAGACAUCAUCCUCCAACCAUGCUGGCUGGGGUGUUGACUCAAUCCAGACAUGAGGACAGGCGCCGCGCCCUGCCCAGCAGACCUUACAGCUUUACAUCAAUGCAACUGAGUCACACGCAUCCUUUGCCUGGACCACACAAUACCUAAUAGAAACACACCAGCUUCAGUCCUACUCACCCAGGAGGACACUGCCUUAGAGACUGCCCCCUCCCCGCCCCCUAGAAGCCUUCAUUGAUCUUGUUGAGUCCAACACUGGAUGACCAAGGCCCAAUGGAGUUUCGGUGCACAGAAGAGGAUCUUGGACCUGGGAUACUCAGAACAGAGUUGGGAGACCAGCGACAACCCACCUCUGAGUCCCAGCGCUGGUUCUGUCUGCAACGUGGCUGUGCGGUACUGGGAGCCCUGGGGCUGCUGGCUGGAGCAGGUGUCGGCUCAUGGCUCCUAGUACUGUAUCUAUGGCCGGCUGCCUCUCCACCUGUCUCCGGGACCUUGCAGGAGGAGGAGAUGACUCUGAACUGUCCAGGAAUCAGCAGUGAGGAAGAGCUUCUCCCAUCUCUUCCCAAAACAGUAUCUUUCAGAAUAAAUGGCGAGGAUCUCCUGCUUGAAGUGCAAGUAAAGGCUCGGCCAAACUGGCUCCUGGUGUGCCAUGAGGGCUGGACCCCCGCCCUGGGCAUGCACAUUUGCCAGAGUCUCGGGCACCUCAGGCUCACUCAGCACAAGGCAGUGAAUCUGUCUGACAUCAAGCUCGCCAGAUACCAGGAGUUUGCUCAGCUGUCUGCUAGACUGGGAGGCCUCCUAGAGGAGGCGUGGCGGCCCAGCUCUCACUGUCCUUCUGGCCGAAUUGUUUCUCUCAAAUGUUCUGAGUGUGGGGCAAGGCCUCUGGCUUCUCGAAUAGUUGGCGGUCAGGCUGUGGCUUCUGGGCGCUGGCCGUGGCAAGUGAGUGUGAUGCUUGGCUCCCGGCACACGUGCGGGGGCUCUGUGCUGGCACCCCACUGGGUAGUGACUGCUGCCCACUGCAUGUACAGUUUCAGACUGUCCCGCCUGUCCAGCUGGCGGGUUCAUGCAGGGUUGGUCAGCCACAGUGCUGUCCGACAACACCAGGGAACUAUGGUGGAGAAGAUCAUUCCCCACCCUUUGUACAGCGCCCAGAACCAUGACUAUGAUGUCGCCCUCCUGCAGCUCCGGACUCCACUCAACUUCUCAGACACUGUGGGCGCUGUGUGCUUGCCAGCCAAGGAGCAACACUUUCCAAGAGGGUCUCAGUGCUGGGUGUCUGGCUGGGGCCACACCGACCCCAGCCACACCCACAGCUCAGACACGCUGCAGGACACAGUGGUACCCCUGCUCAGCACCCACCUCUGCAACAGCUCAUGCAUGUACAGCGGGGCACUCACACACCGCAUGCUGUGUGCCGGCUACCUGGACGGAAGGGCAGAUGCGUGUCAGGGGGACAGCGGGGGACCCCUAGUGUGUCCCAGUGGUGACAUGUGGCACCUCGUAGGGGUGGUCAGCUGGGGUCGUGGCUGUGCAGAGCCCAAUCACCCAGGCGUCUAUGCCAAGGUAGCAGAGUUCCUGGACUGGAUCCACGACACCGUGCGGGUCCGCUAGCUACAGGAGAAGCAGCUGCAGCCUUGGAUGCAGAACUGUGGAUCUCCCAUGGAUCAACCCAGUCUGAGGCCCAGCAGCUGGGUCACUGGACCUCUCUCCAAAGGCUCUGAUUUCUAGUUCCUCUUUCUCAUUGGAGAGCCUCCAUAGCAGGAAAGAGGUUGGAGCUGGAUUGGGAAUGAUGAGGAGAGGAAGGGGUAAGAGAAGCCACAGAAGAGGCUUCUGGAAGCAUCUGGGAGACUUCUUCUGCCCUCCCUGGACUCCAUGUGCAUCUAUUGGGAGGAUGCUGGAGAUGCUCCAACCCUGCUUUCUCCUGGAGCCUCUGGAGGGCUAAGUCCAACUCUAGAGAAUACCCUAUCUCCAGGGUUCCUGGGCAGAUGAGGUCAAGGUUGGACUAGGUCAGGUAAAGACAUGGAAGUCAGGAUCCUCCCCCUUACCCCACUGGUCCUGUUCUGAGCUAACUCUAGUAGCCCUGCAUGAGGCAGGAGUCUAUAACGCAAGAAAGAUGGAGCUGGGCUAGGAUGCCAUUUUUCAAAUGACAGUUCUGGGAAUUGAUUGAAAGAGAUUUGUUAUUAAGUGAAAAUUGUAAUAAUCUUGGUCAAGUCCCCCUCCCCUCUUUGUGUUUGGCUACUUUUGUCACUGCUGUGACAGAACACAUGACCAGAGGAGUUUAUUUGGCUCCGAGACAAAAGAUGCAGUCUACUGUGCUGAGGAGUAUGAGGCAGCUGGUCCUUCAGUGUCUGGAAGCAGGGAGAGAUGACGUUGUGUUUUGUCUUGGACCUCAGCCCGUGGCGAAGUGCCACUCACGUUCAGGGCAGGUCUCAGUUACUCCUGUCUGGAAGCUUCCUCCCUCACCGGCAUGUUUAGCGCUGUGUCUCCCAGGCAGUUCCCAAUCGGGCACACUUGGCAGUGAAGACUAGCCAUCACACUGUCACACACAUUACUGAAGAGAAAUACAACUUUCCUUCUAUAUGUGCUUCUUGAAAGUUACAUACUGACUCCAACUCAUCAACUCCAGAAUUUGGCAGGUCCCUAGUUAUUAAAUUAUUUAAGUUAGUUAAACCUGUAGGUCACCAUCUGCAGCAAAAAAAGGACCAACUGUCCAGGUGCUCUAAGACUUUGAGUACCACUGAAGUCAGUGCUUCUAGGGAAGGCUGGACUCCCCAUAGGGUUCAGCUUUCCCCCCUUAGCUCUUUUUAGGGGGUAGCUGAACCUUUUAGCUUGGGGAGAUUUCUUCCCAGGGAAGCCUCUCCCCUACUCUCUGGUCUCUAGCAAUUAAAAUGCAAUGGCUAUCCUGUUUCCAAAAACCUCAA